CCAUUCUAUGGUGGCCACCAUAGCCAUUCGAUCCGAGAACUUUCUUCGGUUUUACGCAGUGUUCCGCCGGAAAGCACUCUGCCCAGCUCUGCCGACGAAAAGUUCCGAACCGUGUUAGCAACACUGGACACACACGACAGGUUGUCGCCGACGCUUCCCGAGAUAUAAUGAUGGACAUCAUCAAGGCCUGGGCCCACUCCAUCGUGGAAUGGGCCGCCAAGAGCCCCGGCGAGUUCAUCUACUAUGUGCUGCUCUGCCUGUCUCCAUUCUUCCUCAUCAGUGCAUUUCUCUCCUGGAAACUCGCUAAGCACAUUGAGGCCGAGGAGAAGCGCAAGAAGCAGAGGUCCAAGAAGAAAGCCAACGUGGCCGAGACAAGGCGGGCCAAGGCUGACUGAUGGCCACCAUAAGUGCACUUGGCCUGCAGCGAUACUGUGCCGAGCAUGGGGAGUUGUGAACUGACAGAGCCCCACCAUCGUAUGGACUUGACAGGGAUUCAUGUGCUUCUAUGACUUGUUUGUGAGAGGAGCAUUCCAUAUGUGCACCUCCAGGGAUCAUACAGCUGCUUUUUUUCAUUACAAGCUUGUUUUGUACUCUGCUGUCAUGAAUAUGUAAUGUAACCACGCGGUCACAAGAGAAAAAGAAAUUAAACCAAGUGCCAUUUGCA